AUGCUCUGGAACAGCUCUGAUCUCGAGAGUCUCGACUAUGAUUUGUUUGAGAGCGUGGUAAACAAAUCCGGGAUGGGGUACAAGUACCGUAACGGCCAAGAAAAGAAUCGACUUAUCUACGCGCGUUGGUUCCUUACGCUUGCAACAGGCGUCAUCACUGCGCUCGUCGCAGUCUUUAUGCUCUACUUCACUAUGCUGCUUAUGUCUUUGAGGCAGCAUCUGCUCGAGUAUACAAUCCACCGUGAACUGUCGAAGCAUGUGCUAUUCGGUACCACUUUCUGGAGUAUUGUGUUGUUUAAUCUCGUUCUUGUGGGUAUAUCCGCGACAAUCACUUCGUUUGGUGAAAUGGUAGCUGCUGGUUCUGGUAUCUCGGAGGUCAAAACGACUUUGAACGGAAUGAAAAUUCCACGAAUGUUGCGAUUACGAACAUUUGUUUGCAAAGUGAUCGGGACUGUGUGCUCCGUUGCUGGUGGUUUACCAGUAGGAAAAGAAGGCCCUAUGAUUCACAGUGGUGCAAUCGUGGCAGCAGGACUAUCUCAAGGCAAAUCCUCAACUCUUGGCUAUGAUACGAGUUUUUCCUACUUUGCAGGCUUUCGAAACGAUCGCGAGAAACGUGAUUUUGUCGCUUGUGGUGCUGCUGCCGGAGUCGCAUCGGCGUUCGGUGCUCCAAUUGGUGGAGUAUUGUUUGUUUUAGAAGAAGGUGCUUCGUUCUGGAACCAGUCACUAACAUGGCGAACUUUAUUUUGCGCCAUGUCAGCAACAUUUACAUUGGCAUUUUUUCUUUCUGGAAUGAAUGAUAAUUUGUCGUGGGGCACGCUAGGUAGCCAUACAGGAAGUUUUAGUUUUGGGCCCUUUGCUUCAAGCACGUACCAGAUAUGGGAGGUUCCUCUUUUCGUGCUUAUGGGUGUUGGAGGUGGUCUGCAAGGAGCAUUCUUUAAUGGAUUAAACACGCGGCUAGCUCGACUGCGAUCUCGCUGGAUUCGAACUCGUGGUGUUGCAUGGGCAGAAGCGUUGCUAGUAUCAGUAUUAAUAUCAUCAUUGCUCUUUUCGACUCCUUUCUUGCUUGGCAAAUGCCACGAUCUUCCGAAAGUGCGCGAAGAUGUUGUUCAUCUAGCAAAUGUUGCCAGUGCUACUGCGGCACCUAGCAAAACGUUUGUUUUUGGCAUGGAAAUGCUCAAAAAGAAUGGGUCCGCUUGCAUUUGUGAGAGCUGUACGAGCGUAUCGAUAGAUGGCGCCGAGUGCUUUCAAGCUGACGAGACGGUCCAAUAUCCGUAUAAAAAGGAACUCGUGCGCUUUUAUUGUCCCGAAGGCCAAUACAAUGACUUGGCAUCGCUGAUGUUGACAGGUGGAGAAGCAGCUAUCAAACACUUGUUCCAUGCACCACCAGACUCAUUCGAUGUUCGGAAUCUUGUGGUCUUUUGGCUUUUGAUGCUGAUGUUGGCGUGUAUUACUUAUGGUCUUAAAAUACCAAGCGGUUUGUUCGUUCCAGCGCUGCUGAUUGGUGCAGCUUAUGGAAGAUUAUGGACUCGAGUAAUCAACUAUUUCACUGGUUUGCAUCACUUGAAAACUGUCGACCCACGUACGUAUGGCCUUGUUGGAAGUUUGGCAAUGCUCGGUGGUGUAACUCGUAUGACUAUAUCAUUAACGGUUAUAAUUCUGGAAUGUACGGGUAACGUUGAGUUUGGUCUUCCGCUAAUUCUCACGUCAUUUUUUGCUCGAUGGGUGGGCAAUUAUUUUAACGAAGGAAUUUACGACAUUCACAUUCAUUUGCGCCACGUACCGUUUCUCGACUGGAAUCCACCACUUCGUGGUGCUUUUUUGCGUGUAAAGCACAUUAUGACAGCAAAUCCUAAAACGCUACGCACAGUUGAACGUGCCGGGGUAAUAUUUGAUUUGCUCGUAAGUACAAAGCAUAAUGCAUUUCCUGUUAUUGUGGAAGACCCAACAUUCGGUACACACUUUUUUGCUGGCAUUAUUCUUCGAAAGCAGCUCAAUGUAUUGUUAAGUCAUCAUGACUUUAGUAUUGAAAAGCCGAAACCAUUUACUCGUCAGCCACAUCCUGCGUCUUACCGGUCAGAUGUGAGUUUGACAGGUCACCUCCGACAUCGUCGUUCCAAGGAUAUAGAAACGGAACAAACUCCUCGCAUUGAUGAUCAGUUAUUAGAAUCGCCUUCAGCCAAUAAUUAUUGUCUGUCGUAUCACGAUAUGGAAAACCAUUAUCCGCGGUACCCCAUUCCAACUCCAAUGCAUCACAAUUUUCAACAUGUUGAUCGUACCGCUGGUGAUGAAAUUUAUACGUUGUUAGAGGAAGACCGCGCUUUAUGGGUCGAUCUGACGCCAUAUAUAAACCAGACACCAUAUUUGAUCCAGGAAGAAGCGCCAUUCGUGCGUGCUUAUCGUCUCUUUCGAAGUGCUGGUCUACGUCAUCUUGUGGUGGUUAAUCGUCACAAUAACGUGCGGGGUAUCAUCACACGGCGAGAGCUGGAGGAGAAACAUUGCACUCGCUGCUUUCGGUUAGCUAAGAAUAUUGAUGCGGACGAUGUAUAUCCACUUUCUGGUGCACCUCCUGUUGGUUUCUUUCGUAAACUUCGACGAACGAUAUCACGCACAGAACAAGUGAAGCGGGCGUUGAGCAUCUCAGUAUCGAACGUGCGUGACAACGAUGUAAACAAUGACAAUGGCACGUUGCUCCGGCCCUGA